UUCGAAUUUCCUAUAUUUACAAGUGUAUAUAGACUAGUUCAGCAGCUAAACUCAUCUAUAAAUUCAGCUCAAUGUCUCAUAUGUUUAUUACCUCUCGACUAAAACCAUACUCAAGAAAGAAAAACACUUCUCUUCUUCAAGAAACCACCUCAGUUAAUAACAUAUUUAUGGCAAUGAAGAGUCUCACCUUUCUUGCGAUUCUAUCUAUCUUGGCUUUGACACUUCCAUCAGCUAUUGCUUCUGACCACCUUCAAGACUUUUGUAUUGGUGUCAACAGCCCAGCAAAUGGCGUUUUUGUGAACGGAAAGUUCUGCAAGGACCCAAAGUUCGCGACUGCAGAUGACUUCUUUUUCGCAGGGCUUAACAAGCCAAGAGCCGUCACUAAUGCGGUCGGAUCAAAUGUCACAGCCGUCAAUGUUAACAAUCUUCCGGGUUUAAACACUCUUGGAAUCUCACUUGUCCGUAUAGACUAUGGAGUGAACGGACAGAACCCUCCUCACACACACCCACGUGCCACAGAAAUCUUGGUUGUGGGAGAAGGGACACUUUUAGUAGGGUUUGUCACAUCUAACGGAGAUGGAAACCGUCUCUUCACAAAAACACUCAACACGGGUGAUGUAUUUGUGUUUCCUGAAGGACUCAUCCAUUUCCAAGCCAAUGUGGGAAAAUCUCCAGCGGUUGCAUUCGCUGCAUUGAGCAGCCAAAACCCUGGUGUUGUCACUAUUGCCAACACCGUGUUUGGAUCUAACCCACCGAUAAACCACAAUGUUCUUGCUAGGGCAUUCCAGUUGGAUCCUAAAGUUGUCAUGGAUCUACAGAACAAGUUCUGAUUCAUGAUAUAACAAAACUUGUGUUUUGGAAUUUUUCUUUUGUUUUUCCUUUAUUCGUCUAAAUAAGGGUCGUGUAUUGUUG